UCGUCGGCGGUGAGUUCGUGGGCACGGAGUGGCGGUCAGUGCGUUUAUCUAGCCAGUACUCCGGCUUUAACCCCUUGCGGUCGCUUCAGCCUGGAUUGCCCGACAUGUAAGCCUCAGAUGCUUGCUUCAACGAAUAUUGUGACGUUAUUUGCUUCUAUCCGCCCUAAAUCUUACAAACUUCAGCCAUAAAGGAAUCGCUGACUUUCUGCCCGUCACAUAGUGUACAAUGUUGGUCCUUGGUUUACCUUCAUAGUUCAACUUCAUCAUUUUUGCAGAGAGAGAGUGGGAUACUUUAGACCAGAACUGCAGAAGGAAGUGAAAGUAUUGCGUAAUAACACUUUCUCGCUUUGAUUAAUGAUUGACAAGGAUUUUAAAAGGACGUGGUCUCUGUCACUGGAUAUUUUAACAUUGUAUAACUUUUCGGGUGUGUAUACAUAGAAUUUUAUGCUCUUCUGCAAGUCUUGGUAUCUAUAUAUUAAAUUCACUUCGAUCUGUUGAUACCUGAGCUUCGAUUCUUCAUCCGUGGUACAGGCCUUGCUCGUAACGAAAUGGCGACAGAUUAUUACGGCCACACUAAUUUUUCUCAACCGUUUCAACUCUCCAGCGUCAACGACAGUGCUUCAAGCGAAUGGAACUACGAUGAUUAUAUCCAAGAAAUUUACGAUCAAACUCGGAAGCGAGUCUAUCCUGAAAUUCACGAAUACUUUCUGAUUGCGAUUUAUAUCAUCAUCUUCUUCGUCGCGAUCAUGGGGAAUACCAUGGUGUGUAUCGCGAUACUCAAGAACGAUCACAUGAGAACGGUUACUAACUAUUACAUAAUGAAUUUGGCUACCACCGAUAUUUUGAUCGCCUUCGUGUGUUUACCGAUCACAAUCACAGUGGAUGUAUCGGAGUCGUGGUUCUUCGGUAGAACGGCUUGCUAUCUGAUUCCUUAUUUUCAGCUUGUGUUAGUAUGCGCAUCGAUCUACACGUUGAUGAUGAUUGCCGUGGAUAGGUACCUCGCCAUCUGCCAUCCCCUCAAGUUCCAGAUUCGAGCCUCACGAACCCUCCUAACCAUCGCUCUCGUAUGGGUGGUCUCAUUCUUCAUUGCCCUACCCGUAGCCGUGGUCAACGAUCUCGAGCCCCAAGCAGCAUCCGUGCAUAUCGGGAAACCUCUUUGGCGUAUGUCGUGUGCAGAGAAUCGUUGGGUGAGUAAAGUAUGGGAGAAGCUCUACCACACCGCGUUCUUCCUGGCCGUCUACAUCAUUCCUCUGGCAGUGAUUGGGGUCGCUUAUACCAGGGUGUGUCGAAGACUGUGGUCUGGUAUCCCGACAGAAGAGGGGUGUGGAGCGUCUAAACCAAGCUUUAACCAGGCCAAUGUGGUCAGUACGACAACAAUCAGCAAGUCUACCGAGGCCCAGCUCAAAUCACGUCGUAAAGUCGCCAGUAUGCUCAUCGUGGUCGUCAUCGCUUUCGCCAUCUGCUUCUUUCCUUUCCAACUACUCAAUGUUCUCAAAAAACACAACGCAUUUGGAAAUCUUCGAGAUGCAUCAGCUCAAUACAACGCAGUCUACAUCCCUUACAUCAUAGGGCAUCUCAUGGCUUUCAUAAACAGCGCUAUCAACCCAAUCAUCUAUAACUUUAUGAGUGCGAAAUUUCGGCAAGCUUUUAAGUCGAUGUUCGAUUGUCUCCCGUGCUGUCAGUCACCGCGCCGAUCGCAGGCAAUCGACGGGACAUCUGGCCCCGCCUACCGACGCGCAAACAGCACAGGAGUGUCUGAUACGCAUACCACUGAAUACGUACCUAUGACGUCCAUCAGAAAUGGGCGUGGCGUCAAUAACAACAUCUCGGCCAUGUCGAAGGGUGUGUGAAGUGACGAAUCAUGAUUAAAGUGAUGCGAUCAUUGGCUGGAAUGAUGCUAUAGACAUCAGUAUGGAGGAUGUAUUUUUCAUCUGACGAAGAAAUACUCAAGUACACAGUUCGAAACGUCGAAACAUGUCGACGUUUAAAACUUUUCAAACAGUUAUUUGCUGAACUCUUUCCUAUACGAACAAAGAAAGAAAAACAAACAAUCCUUUUUCAGGACAGUGCACAAGACACUUCUCCAAAACCAAUCAUACCAGUUGCUCCAGCAAAACUAUAUUUGAAAAAAAUGAUCAUCGGAAAUUUUCAAUCGAGAUAAUAUUUUUAUCUGAUUUGUGAUACAAGUACAUGAAUAAUUCAUAAAUCAUAAUAAAUAUCCAAUGCGCGAUGAACGAAUCAGGAAAGUCAACCUUUCUUGAAAAUCGUGGAGGAGAAGAAUAAAAAAGGUGAAACUAUACAGAGGUUGAAAUAUCAUGAAUAUUGAAUAUUCUUGCCAUUUCACUACACAAUA